AGAGAUGAAGAAAAAAGAAGAAGCUUAGCUGUUUAGACCCAAAAAGAACCCCAAUCCACACAACCUUAUUCAAUUCAUAAUGGAUUUAAAAAACCAACAACAAACCACAUCCUCACCUGAUCAUCACCUUCCUUUUCAAUAUUCCCUUAGACCCACAACAGAUCAUCCUCCUCUCAACCCAGAUCCCGCCGCUCCUUCCCCGUCGUCUCCGGUUUGGUACCGUCAAUGCUUGAAGAACCACGCUGUGAAGACUGGUGGCCACGUGCUCGACGGCUGUGGUGAGUUUAUGCCGAGUGGGGAAGAGGGUACUCCUGAUAGCUUCAAGUGCGCCGCCUGCGAAUGCCACCGGAGUUUCCACCGGAGAGUAUUGGAAGAGGAGGAUAUAACCAACGGCCGCCUUAACCUCCUAACUUACGGGCCACCACCAUACAAUUUCCAUUUCAAUGGCAACAAUAAUAACCAGUGCACUCCUUGGAGUCGUGUUGCUCCGGCGAUGAUGACGUUCGGCGGUUCAGCGGAAGCCCCAGCAGAGUCGUCGAGCGACGGUGCAGAAGCAUCGGGAAAGCGGAAGAAGCGGUUUAGGACAAAGUUCAGCGGAGAACAGAAGGCUAAGAUGAUGGAGUUAGCCAACAAGCUGGGAUGGAAGAUUCAGAAGGAUGAUGAGCAACAAGUGCAUCAAUUCUGCAACGAAAUUGGGAUAAAAAAACUAAAUUUUAAGGUCUGGAUGCACAACAACAAACAACCCACCAAUAACAAUUCAUCAGGAUAAGAAUUUCUUUCUUUAAAACAAGGUUAAACUUUCCAUUCAAUAUUUACAAAUUUUUAUUAUAGUGAUAAUAAGAAUCACAGGCUAUGUUUGGUCAAAAUUGUUACUCCAUUAUAUGAUUGAUAACUGAGUAAUAUUUUCUCCAUUGUAUCAUAUCAGCAACCUCAGCAACAUGUUUUUCAAAAUGUCAGGUAUGAUGCCAAACAUAAUGUUACAUGACAAACAUAUUCUGCAUAAUACUUUUUUCUUAUCUUA